CUCGAGACGUAGUAGAUAGCGUAGCGCAAUACAUUGUUCGCAAAAAAUCUGACGUUUACUGUAGAUUAUACGUGUUUUUCACGCAAGAAAAGUUAUUUUGUCACUUGUUGUGAUAAAGCAAGUGUUUCUGUAACAAUGACAUCCGUUAAAGAUCCAUUGAAAGAAGACAUACAAACUGAACCACCCCCUUUUUCGGAAAGUUCGACAGAUCAUAAUUCGAGAUGUGGAUCACCUAAACGUGGAACUACGCUUUCGACAAGCACAAGCAGCUUUGAGGCAUUGGAUCCUCAUGACCCAAAUCUUAGUCGUUUAGCUAAUACGAUGUUUCAAAAGACUGGAGAAUAUUUGCAAGAAGAGCUUAUGGCCACUCAUGCCGACUAUCGUUUAUUAGAACGAUUAAAUAAAGAAACUAUUGCAAAAUAUACCGAAUUGAAAACAAUAUCUUCUAGUGUAGCUCAGUCUUUGGAUUCAUUAAACGAGAAAUAUAAAAAGUUACAACCAAUUUUAGAUAACAUUAAUGAAAUUGAUGAUAGUGUAACUAAGCUAGAACAAGCUGCUUAUAAAUUAGCAGCAUAUUCUAAACGAUUAGAAGCAAAAUUUAAGGACAUUGAAAAAGAUACAAAAAGUAAAUAAAAGUGUGAUAUACAGUAUAUGAAUAUA